AUGACGGAGGCGGCGGUGCCGUUGCUCUUCUGGUUGCUGUCGCUGCUCGCCAGGCGCCGGGCCGUGCGGGUUGCUGCGGGCACCGGCAGGAGGAACGACGCGAGGCGCAGGCUGCGCAUCAGGCGCUACUUCCAGCGGCGACAGAGGAAGAUGACUUUGGUGCUGCCUUGCCAGCUGAUUUUCUCCAGUGCUUUUUGUGUUGCUCCGGAUUCCAGCAGCUGCAGUCGCUUGUGUCUCCACUGUAAAUUGGGGACUGUCGGAACAGACAGGCAGCAGCACUUGCCUUCCCAGGCAGAUCCACGUUGUCAGAAUGAAUGAUAACCUUGGUAAUUCCUGUGCCUAAUGUCAUUCUUUGCUUGGAUCUAUUUCAGUCAAAACCUCAAAUCUACUAGAAAGAGAAAAAAGCAAAUGCACUGAUACCCUUUGAAAUAUUCCAACACUACAAAUGGGAUUAAGAUUUACAAUUGUAAUCCUGUUAGAAUUAUUAGGACUAUUGAAUGUUACUGCAAAAAGAAGCUGCAUUGUUUUGGGGUAAUAAGACAAGUGUUUCAGACGAAGUAUAUUGAUCCACCUCAAUUGUACCAUGAUUGUACUGAUCCUUCAAAGACCUCAACAUCAAUCCCAGUAGCUGGGAAUCGCUUGCUCUGGACCGCCCAACCUGGUGGAGCAGGACCACUAAAGGAGUGUAUGCAGCAGAAAUCAGACGCACCGCAGAGGCUCAGAGGAAAUGCGCUGUGCGCAAGGCUUGAGCUACCUCCUCUUCCACUGCAGCACCUACCCUCAUGUGUCCCACAUGUGGGUGAGCUUUCAAGGCCCAGACUGGCUUCACCAGUCACCUCCAGACCCACAGUCACAAACCCUCCAUCUGACAGAAGUCGUGGUCGUCUUCAACUCCGAAGGAUGAACAACAACAACAUUGAUCCAAGUACUUGCACCUAGAGCUGAUGGGCAAAAUAGGAUGUGUUUAACAAUCUGGAACAGGGUUUGUCUUGAUCAACUGAUGAAUCGGAAUCAGGUUUAAUAUCACUGGCCUAUCUUGUGACAUUUGUUGCUUUGUGGCAGCCAUACAGUGCAAUACUUAAUAAUAAAAAACUAUCAAUUACAAAAAGAAAUGUAUAUUAAGAUAUAAAUUAAGUAGAAGAAAAUGAGGGCAACAAAAAAAAAGUUGUGUGCAUGGGUUCAUUGUCCAUGGCGGAGGGGAAAAGCCCAGUGUUAGAGUGUGUUUCUUCAGGCUCCUGUAUCUCCUUCCUGAUGGUAGUAAUGAGAAGAGGCCAUGUUCUGGGUGAUGGUGGUCCUUAAUGCUGGAUGUAGCCUUUUUGAAGAUGUCCUCAAUGGUGGGGUGGCUAGUGCCCAUGAUGGAGCUGGCUGAGUUUACAACUUUCUGCAGCUUUUCCCAGUCCAUGAGGAGAGGCCCCUUUUCUGUCUAUUACCAGUAUAUCUCCUCUGUUUUAGCAUUUGUCUUUAUUAUCUAAGAAUUAUGCAGCGUGAGAUUUACUUGCUACUCUCAUUUAGGAUAGAUUCAGAUUCAUUUAUUUAUCAGAUGUACAUCAAAACAUACAAGGAAAUGCGUUUUUUACCUUACCCCAAGAACAUGCUGAGGGGAGUCCGAAGUCACCACACAUUCUGGUGGCAACGAAGCAUGUCCACGAUAUUCAGCAGAACACAGAACACAGCUAUGAUCAUCCCAGUUAUGCAUGUACACAGUUCUCUGAACCCGGGAUAGGCUAUCUUAGGCUUCCAGCCUCCAGUGGACUUGAGGAUUUGCAGAUAUUGGGCUGAUUUCCCCAGUGGACCUGCAGAGAUUUGCAGACUCAGGGCUCCAGCAUAGGAUCCAUGAUGAUAAUGAUCAGUAGGUAAAAAGGGCAGAGCGAUGAUAGGGAUAUUGGGUAGAUCAGUUCUGUGUGCUGGUUGUCUGUCGUAUCCAAUGGUGACCGGGAACCUGUGUGGGAGAGUUUUUAAAGUGGAAAAGCCAUUGCAGUGGGGCAGAUCCACUCUUUCGACCUCAUGAGUCCAGAUCCGGUGAGACGUGUAGUUGUCACAAGUGGGGUUUUCCUUGGUUGUAGUGGAUGACCAUGACAACUUCUGUGCCUCGAAAUACUCUUUGCUCUCCAUGGAGCACUGCAGAACAGUCUUACUGGUUAUUGGAUCUCACUGUAGGUCUAUUUAUUUUAACAGUUAAAUAAAUUGGUUUCAUGGAGGUUUUCUUCCGAAAUUGGAUGUAACCCUGAUUUUUUCUUUCCCUGUAAGAUAGCAUUAGCACAACAGGAGAGAUCUUUGUUGCAGUUUGUUGCACAAUCUAUGACCCAGAAGUAAUUAAUUCUGAUACUGAGUGCCUGAAAUGGAAAAGUUCAACAUUGAAUGCUAUCAUUGCCAAUGUUUUCUUUUGCAUGCUAAGCUCAGAUUUGAAGGACACCCCUUCAAAAUAGAGAUGAGGAGGAAUUUCUUCAGCUAGAGGAUGUUGAAUCUGUGGAAUUCAUUACCACAAAUGAUUGUGGGGGCCAAGUCAUUGGGUAUAUCUAAAGCAGAGAUUGACAGGUUCAUGAUUAGUAAGGGUAUCAAAGGUUAUGGGGUGAAAGCCUUUCCUCCUCUUUUCUGUGAAAAAAGUCAUUGAGUGUAUCUAAAGUGAAGGUUGAUAGGUUCUUGAUUAGGGUGUCAAAAGUUGUGGCAGAAGGCAGGAGAAUGGGAUUGAGAGGGAUGAUAAAUCAGCCAUGAUGGAAUGGCAGAGCAGACUCAAUGGGCUUAUGGUCUAAUGAUACCUUAAGACAGGAACUAACUGUAAUAACAGCUCCCUUCAAAAUAUAAUUUUAUAUAAAAAUGUCAAAUCCUGUGGUAUUUUUGUUUGUUUAAGGUUAGUGCAAUGCCAUUACAGCUUGGGGCAUUCCGGUGUUCAAAUUCCAGCACCGUCUCUAAGGAAUUUUGUAUUUUCUCCCCAGGACUGUGUGGGCUUCCACCCACAGUCCAAAGAUGUACCGAUUAAUUGCUCAGUGUAAAUUGUUAUGUGAUUAGGCUUGGGUUAGGUAGGUGGGUUGCUGGGUGGUACGGCUCAUUUGACACUGUAUCUCUAAAUACAUAUACUUGUAAAGAUUCUGCUCUUU